GUCCCGGUGCCGGCAGAGAGGAGCCCGUUGUUGCUGGGGUGUCUGUAGGUUUGUGCUUUCCAGAGAAGAUCUGCCUCGUGGAGGGGGCAUCCGAGGGAGGAUGCCAACGGCCCAGUGAGCAGCGACCGGGAGAGCAGCAGAGCCCCUCUCGCUCCCCUCCCCGCAGGGGCUAGAGGAGGCGAGGACCUGGGCUGGUCUCUGAGCAGGAUCCCAACCAGCCUGAGCUGAGAUGCCAGAGCCAGCACCGCCCGGCGGGGACAAGAAGGUGGCGGAGAAGAAACGGACGGAGACGGUGGGAGCAAAAGGCAGCGCUGCUGGACCUCCAGUCCCCAAGAGCCUCCCCGUGCAGAGGAAGGUGGAGCCCUCCAGCCUGGACCCAGCAGAGGAGCCACUCCUCUGGGAAGGGCUGACCCUCAACAAGUGCAUCCUGGUGGCCUCCGUCGUCGCCCUGCUCAGCGUCACCUUCCAGGUGCUCCAAGCACCAUGCUCCAGGGAAGGAGUCAGCCGUGGCAGGCAGGACCCUCCACCACCUCCCCUUCACGAGGUGGUCACUGCCAAGGAGGAGGUCCCAGAAGCAGUGACAGCCCAGCCAGCACAGCCCAAGGGCACCAUGUUCAAGGACGAUGGUGGCAGCAAUGAUGGUGAUGACGACAGUGAUGACAACAGUGAUGAUGAUGACGAUGCUGACAGCAACUUGGCAGAGCCCUGGAUCUUCAAGAAGUGGUUUGGCCGCUCAACAUCAGAGGACAGGGAUGAAGAGGACAGGGAUGAAGAGGACAGGGACAAAGAGGAUGGAGAAGAAGAGGAUGGAGACAAAGAAGAUGGGGAUGAUGAGGACGGGGAUGAAGAGCAUGGGGAUGAAGAGGACAAGGACAAAGAGGAUGGGGAUGAUGAGGACAGUGACAAAGAGGAUGGGGAUGAAGAGGAAGGGGAUGAGGAGCCCACAGAUGUCCCCAGAGUUUCACUGCCUGCAGCAGAGGUGAAGAAAAGCCGGGAGAAGAAGCCAGAGAAGAAGCUGGAGAAGAAGGAGAAGAAGCCAGAGAGGAAGGAGAAGAAGGAGGAGAAGGCCCGGGAGGGCCGUGCUGCCCGGACGGAGCAAAGCAGCUGGAGGGAAGCACGAGCCAAGGACAGGGCACAGAGGGACAGACCCAGCAGAGCCCCCAGGGCCCCCCGGGAGUGGCAGCAGCCCCAGAAGAAAUGGGGCCGGGAGGGGAAGGAGAAUCGGAGGGAGCGGGAGGAGCCCAGGAGGGAAGGGGGGAAGGGCCGGGCGGGCAGGGAGAGCCCGAGGCGGGAGAGGGGCAGGAGAUCCCGGGAGCCCGAGGGCACGGCCGGGCCCAGGGAGGGCAAGAGGCGCGACUAAAGGCCGGGGCCAGCGAGGGGCUCGAUGGUGCUGAAUCCAGGGGGGUCCAACCCCGGCACGGACACCCUGCGGCUCCCCAGGGACACCCUCGGGCUGGUCCACGGGCAGAGCCCCAGGAUCUCGGAGCAGCAGCGGAGCAGCCCGGGGAGCCUGGCAUCAGCCUCCUUGUGGACUUUGGGCCCCCCCUGGAUGAGAAGCAGAAAGGCGACCUGAAAAGAAAAAUCAGGGGAAGGAGCUUCUCUUCAUCGGGGCUUCGCGCUUAGUUCUCCAUCCCCACCCCAAACCUCCCUCCCAGUUCAUUUCCACUCGUGCUCCCUGAGGCAGCUCAGCCGGGCACAGGGAUCCCAGUGAACAGAGUUUGUCUCCAGACCGUGUGGCUUUUGAGUUCAGUGAAUGGUUUUAUUCGAAGCAAAUCAAGAGAGAAGUGGAUUCUGAGUCAGCAAAGCCAGGCUGCUGCCGUCCUCAGGGGGGACAUCAGGGGACUGACCACCUUGCCCUCGCUGCAGGGUGGGUGAAGCUUGCUGGCAACAGAAAAGGGCUGGAGAGCCCCUCACCCAGGGGUCUCUUCAGGCCUUGCCUUCACAGAGUCACUUUUAGGAACGAAACACGAGUGCAAUGUCACCCAGUGCUGUAGCAACUCCUGGAGACCUUCACAGCCCCACCCCCCGGCAGGUUUUAAGUAUUUGCUAAAUCACUAGAGGUUAAAGGAAAUUAUUUUCGUUUUUAAAAAGGUAUUAAAUUGAAUGUUUAAAAAAAAAAACCAACAAAAAACAAACAAACAAAAA